AGAGUGCCGAGCCAGCCGAGCCAAGCCAAGGCCAAACGUUGCAAAAAGCAACAAGUGCCGCCGUACUAGACGUGCCGUCAGUAUCGCAGAACCAGCUGAACAGCGCCGUCGCGUUGUAGGUGUAUUUGUGUGUAGUGAACGAGUAGCUCUCGCUCUCACUUGUUCAUCUCAACAAGCAAGCAAGCUUCGGCAUUUGCAUCAGUCGCAACGACAUGUCUGUUGGACCGGUGCUGCGCACAUGGAGGCCGCUGUGGCAGCGUGUUUUCACCGCCCGAGCCGAUCUUAGCACUGUCUCCAGACGCUGCACGACGACGUCUUCGAGGCUUCUGCCGACGCUGCUUUCCGCGGAAUGCCGACUGUUCCAUGCAGCGUCUGCACUCGUAGGUAAUGGCCGGGGAAGCUGCCAUCUAGGACUCCGUCUCGUGACCACCAGCAGCAUCAAUUUCCAGGACAUCAGUUUCGAGGACUUGGAAGCCCUCAUCAACGGUGGUGACAUUCAACUCAUUGAUGUCAGGGAGCCCUCGGAAAUAAAGUCCUCAGGGAAGAUCGGCCAAGCCAUCAACAUUCCAUUGGGACAGGUGAAGGCGGCGCUGCUCCUCUCGGAGGAGGGGUUCCGGGAGAAGUACCACGCGGAGAAGCCGCAGAGCUACGACCACAACAUCGUCUUCUACGGCCUGGGCCCCAUCAAGAGCCACGCCGCACUCGAGCUGGCCAAGAAGGCUGGCUACGCCCUUGCAAGGGAGUACAGUGGAGGCUGGGAGGACUACUGCAAGAAGAAAAGACCUUCAGGAAACUGACAUCACCGACUUGGAUCUUUCGUGUUCCUCGCUACAGGACUGCCCACUUAUUCCCAUUGGUCAACCAGAAAACUUUUUUAUUGCAUGAAUUUCUAAAAAAAAAAAAAAAAAAAAAAAACAAGCAGACCUCUGGGUUAAGUUAUACACUGACUGCAGUGUCCAGCCUAGCUGGAAGACAGUAUGAAAUGCAGGACACGAGUCUUCCAAGAUGUAUCAUCCCAAGGAUAGUUUGUAACGAGUAAAACUCGAGAACAGCAAGCAACAGUCUACUACGAGUGCAAUAGGUACUCUCGCUGCUCAGUCUUCCAAGGCCAUGAGUGUUCUUAACCUUUGCUGUGCAUUGUCGUUUGAGUAAAGUGGUAAGUGAAAUGCUUCGACAUCUUUUUAUGCACUGUUAUAUUUUUCUACAAUAUUUGCAAUGGAAAAAAUUUGUUUGGUAAAAAAAAGGAAAAAAAAUCUUGUCAAUAGAAGCUGCAGUUGGUUUCUUGGCAGUCUUCCAGGCAAGUAUGAAUAGCAGUGUUACCGUUGUCCAGAUGCUAAAAAGGCGGCACGCAAAACACUAGUCUUCCCCCAAAUGUCGUCGAGGUUCUUCCGUGCAGAGGCAUGAAAUAAAUAAAACGUGCUUCCAGAGUCA